CGCAACAUGCCAACAUCAUUCUGCAGCGCAUGUACCGCAUACCGGUACGGUAGUUCAAAUGAGCGUGCGUGUGGGCGAAUUUUGACAAAGGACAUCAAUUUUUUACUUUAACGAGGAAACAGAGAGCAGAAGUAAAAGUUAGAUGCCAUGGCACGUGGACAACAAAAGAUUCAAUCUCAGCAGAAAAGAGCGAAGGAGAUGGAGAAGAAAAAGAAAGCUGCUGCUGGAAUGAACUCUAAAGCAGCUGGAAUGAAGGCCCUCACAUUUAAGUGCUCAGUUUGCAUGACCCAGAUGCCUGAUCCUAAGACUUACAAACAACAUUUUGAGAAUAAGCACCCAAAGGCUCCACUUCCAGCUGAACUCAAAGAAGCAUAGGAAAUCUUUCCUCACCUAAGGAAAUGAACUGAUCUACACAGCAGAUGGAAUCUUGGAUUCUGUGAUUAUUUGAUGCAUGCUAACAUUGUAGAAGAAAAAAGAAGAUGUGCUCUUCUAUGACACUAGAAAGUGACAAAUACAGAGGAGUGAGAGAGAGAGAGAGAAUGGGAGAGAGGGCGUUGGGUACCAGAAUUAUGCCUGAUUGAAAAGGAGCCUUUUAUUCUUCAAGCCAUGAUGUUCGCUUACAAGAAGAUUUGGGAAAAACAGAAGAGAGACAGGAGAUGAGACAAUGCGCUUCCAGGUUUAUAACCCCACAUGGAGAUAAAUACAUGGGACCAACCUUUGUACAUAGACCAGGAAUUGGACUUCAAUGUCAAGACUGCAAGAAUGCUUUGCCGACAUACAACCAGGGCAGAAAUUAAUGAAAUGGGUAAUUUACGCAAUUAUACUACAAAAAGUCCUUUUGUCAAAGUAUUACAGCAGUAAUCUCAGGAAAUUUUUAUCUUGAAGCAUUUCAUAUUGCAGAAGUUGUACAUGGGACUCCUUGUUUUACGUGGAUCCAGAAUCAUUCAGCACCUAUCACAUUUGGACUUUGUCAAAUAAGGCUAAACCAUACUUUGCAGGCAAAUCAUUUGUAAAAAAAAAAUUGAACCAUUUAAGAUUACAAAGGAGUUUCUAUUGACUAUUUAACGAAUCCAUUUAUGUACACACAUACAAGACUAAAUCUGUAAACAUUUAAACUGGUACGUAGAAAAAUCUUACUAUGAUGUAUAUGUCUGUUUUACAUAAUUUCUGCUAGUAAUACCCCUAUCCCAUCAAGAUCAAGAGUUUGGCCUGCAAAAAUCUUCUGUGAUGAAAUAUUUAUGAUGCUUAUAAAGUCUUUCACACUACAAAGAUUUGGGUCAUGGAACCAAAAGCAUCUAGUCGGGUUAAAAGACCUUUCGCAUCCAUGCGUACACAAAUGCACAUGUGAUUUUACAUUGCUCUGGCCAAAACCAUUUGUACCCUAUAUAUUGACUGGCCAUGGCCAAUACUGACACAUUGCUUAAGCGCCCAAAUGUGCUCACAACUAGGUUUUGCCAGCCAAAAGGAUCUUGAUGAGGAACAGAUUAUUAGAGGUGUGAAGACCAAGGCAUUAUCUACAUUAUUAUUCCAACUCAUUUGGGAUAAAAACACAGAUCGUAAUAUAUGUUUUAACCCUAACCACCCUUUUUGCUGUUCAUUGUAUCCAUAGGCGGAUCCAGAAAGGGGUCCAAAGCAGCUGCGACUCUGCGUAUUGGCAGCGCAAAAAAGAGGAAAAGCAAAAAAAAAGACUUGAGAAGGAAGGAGGAGAAGAAGAAGAAAUGGAGGACAUGAGAAAGAAAAAAAAAAGAAGACAGAAAGUAAAGUAAGAAAAAGCAGAGGGGAAACUUCUAAAAGAAAAACAAUUUUAAGAAAUUCUGCUCGCGCUUCACAAUCAUAUUGCCUGUUUAAAGAGAUGAGGAUAAAGUAAUGCUUGAAAUAUCCCGUUUUCAACUCGAUGUACAAAACAUAUUUCAGGUAUUGUUUCAUGCUUGAUUUAUUUUGUGUACUGUGAUAUGCAUUCGGUCAUGACGACAAAAAGUUAGAAUAUCAGGACAGCUAAUGAAAAAAUUCAGAUCGUGCUUGGUGCUUGCAUUAUUUAUUCUGGCGUAACAAGAAUUUCUGACUACCAACCCCCCCCCCCCAUCUGUUCUCCCGGGAAAGAAAUUGCUUUCCCCUCUAUGAGAAGCCGAUCAGGGGAGAAGUGUAGAUGACUCCCUCCCCCAACAGCCCCCGCCCCCAACUAUGGACAAUGCUGGAAGACCUGAAUCCUCCCAUGGUAUCUGAGUUAACCUUAAGUAGCUGAAGAAUAGAUCAGAAAAUCAUAUGACAAUCAUUGCCUAAUGGUGAUUAUGAUAUAAUUCUGUGCAGCCUGAUACCCAAAUGCCAAGUAGUUUAAGAAUUGCUAUUAUGUUUUUCUCUUCAUGUGUAAAUGUAAAUUGAGAGACUACAAUGUGUUCAAAGUAAAGCUGGGUAUAUAUGCAUUUUACUGUGUCAUUGAAAUCCAGCCAAAGGGGCAAAUAUUUCUGGAAGUCUUGUUAACUGAAAUUUGUUGCUUCGUUAGGGUGAUGAGCAUUUUUUUUUUCUUUUCAAACUACCUUUACUAACUGAUCCAUGUAUUUUCACAUUUGAAUUUUCAUGUUCCCGACUAAAUUUUGUGCUUCAUUCUCUUCUGUUGUUGGUUUGUAAUAUGUACAAUAUUAUGUUUCAAUUUCCACAGAAUGGUUUCUACCUUCUUUCAUUGUUAACUGUAUACAAAACUGUACAUUGUAAACUGUAGGUUGAUGUAUUUCCAUUUCUCAUGAAGUAAUGAGCACUUUUAGAAUGUAGUUAUACUUUAUAUCUAACCUUCUGUUCAUAUUGCACAAUUAAAAAAAAACAUUACAUAUAUUCUAUCCAUGCUUUCAGGUUUAUGCAAUUAUACUGCACCAAGUAAGUGACAAGAAAUCAAUAACAAAUGCGGCAUUUCUUAAGUUUUUCUUUGUGAAAACCUGUAUGAUGUAUGAAUCUGUAAAAUUAUUUUAUUGACAUUUACUGUGUAAAUCAAUCACUGAUUGCUACCCAUGAUUAGCUGAUAAUGCAGUGUUUACAAAUAUAAAAGUAGAUUUCUCUAGUGUUAAAAUGAUUGAAAUUGAAAUAAUCAUAUUUAUAAAGAUAUAUCUUUAUUAAGUUUGAGAAAUGAGCAAUUUCAGAUACAUCUGAAAUUGCUCAUUUCUCAAACUUUAUAGAGUGUUACGAAUUGUAAUAAAAAUGGUAAAUUCUGCACCUGCUACCUUUUCUGCUCCACACCAAUAAAAUGACCUAAGUUGAUUCUUGUUGCAAGUAUUGACUUUUACAGCAUGUGUCUGUUCUAUGUACAUUGUGCAAGCUCUUAUUGUUUAUUGUAGGGAAAAGAUAUUUCUUUCAUUGAUAAAAAAAAAUCACUCUAGCUUUUUAAUGUUUUUGCUUAUCAUUUCCUUAUACAGAUAUGCAUUGUAUUCCUAUGACGGAUGUCCUUACAAAAUUUUAUCUUGUGCAAUUUGCAUCAAUUGAACAAUAACAUGUAUGUAUGUAUGUAUGUAUGUAUGUAAUUUCAACAAAUUACAUUUUGUGAGUUUGAGGGACGUAGUCAACCAAUUUGCUCAAAAUAUUUAUUUUUGCAAAUCACAUGUAAAUUAAUUCAAUUGCUAUUUUCUAUUCAUAAGAUCAUGAAAGAAUUUCAUUUUCUUUUUCAUUUCAAUGAUUGAUCAAAGCGAUUUGAUGAGUAUGAUUUAAAUCAUAUUCAAUCAUUACUUGGUUGACAUUACCUUGCAUCAGCUGUUCCAAGUACACGUACAUCAUCGCAGUUGUAGAUUUAAACAUGGCAAAGGUAUAUAGUGGACUAAGGAACAGUUGAACAGCAAUUAAACCUCAAAACAUUCACACGAGCCCUUGUAAGUUGAAAGAGAAUAAUACUGGAUUCUCAGUACAAAGUGUCAUGUAGCUGAACAGAAAUAUGUGAACUGACUCCCAUUCAGAGCUGCGUCUUUUUUCCACAGGAAUUCCAUAAGUGUGUUCUCAUAAGUUGACCUUAUAAUACUGUAGUAAGUUAAUUUACUGGUACUGUUUUGGUGUAUUAUUCAAAACUAUUUCAAAUUUUUGCAAGGAAAAUAGAGAAAUUUGAGAUACUUUCUGAUUUCAAUUCUGAAGUAGUUCCCAUAGAUUCUGAUAGAAAUGUACAAACAUAGUUUUGCUCCUCACCAUGGUGUUAACCAGUUAAUUCCACAUUUUACUCUUAUUCACUUGUUUGUCACUUUAUAUGAUCUAAAUUACAAUCACCAUUUCUUGUAAUUCAUGUUUUAACAUUGAAAUGUAAGUAGCCUUAUUUAUACAACUUCUUACCGUGCUUUGAUGAAAAGAAAACAAGUGACAGAUUUACUUUUUUUUCAAUUGGGAGUAAAAGUGCCCUCACUUCCAUAAAGGUCAGUGGAUCAGAAUUAAAAUACAUUCUAGCAUGAUGAAUGUUUCGGAUAUUAUAUAUAGCUGGGAAGAGAGAAACAACUUCACAUAUUUAAACAUAUUCCAAUGGUGUUUCACUGUUACUUGAAUACUUUUGUCAAAGUAGGAUAGUAAAAGUUGUUUUAAAAAAAGGGGGUGGGUAUCUGGCAAAAUGUAUUUGUAAUCAUUGAUGCAUUUUGUUUUUAUCGUUUUCAAAAUUGUGUAUGGCUUUCCAUGAAAGACUUGUUCAGAAAGUUUUGAGGUUAUUGUUCAUGUAGAAUAAAGGAUGUACAUUUUGACUUCUGACAAAUACACAUUGUAUGACAACAA